UUUGUGAAUAUCAAAACAAACUGCCAUGUGCACUUUGCAAGAGGUAUCACCUGGCCUGGACACCAUAGAAAUCUCUCGAUCCAGGAGGAAGCCUCGCAGGAAGGAGUCCCUUUCAGCGUACGUUCGAAAGCCAAGGAAACCCAAGGACUUGUCUGAAGAAAAUUUUCAAGAAAUAAUGAACAGCUUUAAAAUCAUGGACGUGAACGAGGAUGGACGAAUAUCGAAGAAAGAACUGCGGGAUGCGGCUUUUCUGAUUGGUCUGAAUCCGACCAAGAGAGAACUGGAGACUUGGUGGAGGGAGGCGGACACCAAUAAGGACGGCUUUGUAAGUGCGGAGGAAUACCUUAACAUCAUGAAGUCAAAUUACGUGUCAAUAGAUAUAGAACGGGAGAGAAUGAUCGCCGCCUUCAGCGUCAUCGACACCGACGGUGACGGGAAAAUCUCCCUGGAGGAGAUGAAAUUUGUACUGAGCUACAAAGACGACACCUUGUCAAUCGCCGAAAUAGAGUCUUUGUUCAAGGAAAUAGACACUUCAAACCAAGGGUUUAUCAAUUUCACGGGUAAGGAUCACUGUAAAGCUAGGUAUCAAUUAUAG